AUGGCACAGCCCCGGGGAAAAAAGCUUAUUGUGUUGGGACUUCCUUGGGAGUCAACGGAGAGCACCAUUGACUCCCAUUUCUCAAGGUAUGGAGAUGUGGAGUCUACCGAGGUGAUCCACAACAAGCUGACAGGCAAGUCCAGAGGAUUUGGCUUCGUCACUUUUCGUGAGCCGCUGGCCGCUGAGCAAGCCCUUGCGGACUCACACACUAUCAACGGCCGUCGCUGCGAUGUGAAGAAUGCUGUGCCAAAGGGAGAGUCGAUCCCUCCCAAGACUAGGCGCAUUUUUGUGGCACGCAUCCCCCCCACCGUCACUGAGGAUCAAUUCAGGGAGUAUUUUGAGGGGUUUGGAAUGGUGGAGGACGCCUACAUGCCAAGGGAUCACACACGUCAGAGCUACCGCGGCAUUGGCUUUGUGACUUUUGUGGAAGCUUCCUCCACUGAGAGCGUGAUGGCUGUCAAACACAGGCUUGACGACCAUGACGUUGUUGUAGAUCGGGCCAUGCCCAAGGACUCUGUAGGCUCCUCCCCCCGCACGAAGCACUCCCUGAGCGGCCAGCUGCCUUGUCAGCUUUCACACAACAGCAAUGGCCGCAUGAGUGGCUUGAGGACGAGGCGAGGGAGUCGCUCGGACCUCACCCUGCCUGGGAACGGGUUUGGCAGCGGUCCCCUGAAUGGUGUACACAGCCACCAUAUGGAUUUGCUGCAGAGCCUGGAAGUACAGCGGCAGUACCAGGACAUGGGGCUUUCGCAGCGCCCCACGCAGAGUGUGAUGGAUAUGCAGGAAUCCCCAGGUGACAUAACAUCAGCGAGUGGGUUGGUGCUCCCACCUGGCAUUGGCCACGAAGAUCCGCAGAUGGGGAUCCAGCGGCAGGAGGGGGACUUGGGCUCGAUGCCACCCGCCCUGAUAGACCCUCUGUCCCAAGGCCUGGCGAUCGACGUUGCAAACCGGCUACGGGACCUUGCAACAGGGGCAAUGGAGGCGACGCCAGGUAGCAUGGGCAUCGGCACCCUCGCCAACAACCUGCUCUCCCGGUCAUCACUGCAGCUGAGCCCGAACUCGCUGAUCGGGCUGCAGAAUGUGAUGAGCGGGGAGAUGCCAAGCCCAGGGCGUAGGAUGGACAGCGCUCAUGUUUCUUCAGCUAGGGGUGGUCCCAGGCUGUUUGUUGGCAAGCUGUCGAAGGACACUACAGAGCAGGACCUUCGUGACUAUUUUCUGAAGUACGGAUACGUUAUGGAUGUGUACAUGCCCCGUUCCAAGGACAACAAGAAAGAGCACAGGGGCUUCGGAUUUGUUACCUUUGAAACUGAGGCUGCAGUGCAGAGGGUAGUGGCCUAUGGGGCACACAAGCUGAGGGGUGCUGUGAUUGCGAUCGACGUGGCACUUCCUGAGGAGCCUCCAGUAGUGCCACUCGGUGUGGAGAGUCGGAGGAGUAACAGCCUGUCCGGUGGAGCGCUGGCUGGCAUGGCAGUCGCCACUUCCAUUCCCCAGGAGCCAGAGGGUGGCGUCGGCCAAAGGGCCAUGCGUUCGGGACACGGAUUUCGGCCUUACUGA